AUGAAUUCUCCUCCACAUAAUUCUCCUCCACAUAAUUACUAUCAUCACUAUCAUUAUGACCCUACAAUCGUCCAACCUCUACCAAAUUUUUAUUCUUCUUACAACUAUCCCCAACCAUCACCCUCGAAUACGUUAACAGCACCAGCACCAGCACCUAACCCACCUUCUUUCACAUACAUCAACAACCAUUACCAAACUCAGUAUUCUUCCUCACAUUCUGUUGAAACAUUUCACACAUUUAAGGUUCUUCAAGAAUCUAUAAAUGACUAUUUUGAGACUUCAAACAAAUUGACUGAUAAAUUAAAAGAGCAGAUUCAAGCAUUCAGUCUUUCUCUCAAAGCAUCAUGUCCUGAAGUUGUUGAAGAAGACCAGGAAGAAUUACCAGAUCAAUACCAAACACAACUGCAUCAUCUAAAUCUGAUGCCAACACAAGUUGAUGUUUAUGAAGAUGAGGAGAAAUCAAAGAUGCACGCACUCGAAGAAAAUCAGCAAGAGAAUCUCCUUCAAAAUCUGUUUCCAACCAAUCACACCCUUACUCUCUGCGAUUCAGAUUUCGUUCCCUGUUUAACCGUAGCCAAGUCGGAAACACCGCCAUUUCCUUCAAAAUCAUCACUCUUAAUCUUCAAUUUAGAGUACACUUUCUUGAAAUUUGGCAUCGGUGUUGUUGCUUCCUUUAAUAUUGGCAGGGAUUGGCCCGGAUUCUGUUACGCGGCGCCGAUUUCAUGUAGCGCAAGCAUCAACAACCUCAAAACUGAAUUCCAUCAUCUUCGAUCACUUAUUCCUCCACCAAAUUUCAAUUCACCCAUCACACCUCAUACUCAACAACAAACUACACCACAACCUCGUGAAAUUUUCAUUCAUCAACCUUGUUCACCACUGGGUUUCACUUCACCCUUCACACCAGAUCCAUGGUUGUAUUCACACACACCAUUUCCUCAACAUCAACCGAAAAAUAGUCCUUCCACCACCACUCAUUUCCACCAUACCCACUCAUCAUCUAUUAACCACCAACACCACCUUGAAAUUUACGUUUCUGAAACUGUGGAGAAGGACCUAACAAAAUCAACAAAUCUUUACCCAACAGAACUGCAACAACCAACUCUAAUUAUGAAACAACAACCAACUCUAAUUAUGAAACAAGAUGAAGAAAAAAAGUCAGUGGGAGAGGAAUCACCACCUGAGCCACCACCGAGAAUGAUUUCUGAUCAACCUCCAGUGUCGUCGCCGCCCUUAAAACCUCAGAACACAGUCUCACAUCAAUCACCGCCACCCCUGCGACCUCCAAAUGUAGUCUCAUCUAUGUCACCACCGCCGAAAACACCAUUGAUACCAUCCCAUUACUUUUUCUCUCUCAUGUGCUAA